CAUAGGAAAACUUAUUUUCCUAGUUUCUACCUCAGCUGAGACUCGAAAAAUAUUUAAAACAAAUAAUUAUACGAGUAAGUCACUCUAAAUUUUGAAUUUGCCAUGAAGCUAGCAAUACGCACGCUGGAUCAAAAGACGCUCAGCGUUGAGCUGAACGACGAUAAGCAGAAUGUGUUGCAUCUAAAGCAGCGCUUGGUGCAGCUGCCAGAGGUAUCCAUGCCGUUGGAAAGUCUACAGCUCAUUUAUGGCGGACGCAUCAUGCAAGACGAUGUGCCCAUUUCUGAAUAUAAUAUAUCGGCGGAUAGAUUCAUAGUUCUAAUGACCAAGAAAAGUGUUGUUUCAACUGAUAACGCGAAGACUGAACAGCAACAGUCAAAGCCGACAACUGUGCCAGAGCAAGCUCAAGUACAAUCAAAAUCACAGCCUGAAGCAGACCCGCUGCGUCCAUCGUUAAACCCAAACGAGCAGCACGUGCGCAAUCUUAUGGCUAUGGGUUAUGCAGAGCAGGAAGUGCGCGCUGCCUUACGCGCCAGCUUUAAUCAUCCAGAGCGUGCCAUAGAAUAUCUCAUUCAAGGCAUUCCAGAGACAGCUCCUCAGGCUGCACCGGCAGCGGCAACAGCCGCUGGUCCUAUUGCAGCAAAUGAUAAUGAGACUAACGAUGCCGCCGCUAGGCUAAGCAAUUUAACUAAUGACCCAAACUUUGCACAAGUACGCCAAUUGAUACGUCAGAAUCCCGAGACGCUGGAGAUGGUUUUGACUUAUUUAAGCGAAGCUGAUCCAGCCACAUUUGAGGCAGUGCGCAACAAUCAAGAGGAAUUUCUGGCCAUUAUUAAUAACUCACAAGCAUCGCAGCCAACCGAGCCGCUAAGCAGUGAGGAUGAAUUGGCUGUGGAGCGUUUAAUGGCACUUGGAUUUGACCGGGAAACUGUUGUACAGAUGUAUCUGACUUGCGACAGAAAUGAAGCCCUAACUGCAGAUGUGCUCUUCCGUCAGACUGAUGACGAGGACGAUUAAUCGCCCAGUUUGAAAUCUCAAAUAUAAAUUUGUUCUCAAUCGUUAUAAUAAAGUAGGCGGCAUAA